ACGACCAUGUCGCGCCUUCCGAGAGUUGUUGCGAGCAAGGUGCUUCAUGAGUCACGAUGGCUUCGCAUGAAGGAGCUUCGGUACCAAGACCUGGGCUCCAUCGAGCGAUCGUACAUCAGUGUGGAGCGCACCACGCGGCCAGCAGGUGCUGACGUCGAUGCCGUGCUGGUUUUACCGCUUCUUCAUCGAGGUGCUUCAUCGACCGCGGUGCUCGUUCGCCAAUUCCGUCCGCCGCUUGACAAUUGGGCGAUCGAGUUACCCGCGGGCCUGAUUGAUGCCGGGGAAUCGAUCGAGGAGACCGUGGCACGAGAAAUCAAGGAAGAAACCGGGUACAACGUGAUCAAGUUCCUCUCGGUCGGGCCGCCCAUCGUCACCGACCAGGGCAUCACGAACGGCAGUUGUCGCUUUGUGGUCGUGGACGUGGAGGCGCCGACCCGCACGGAUGAAGACGGAGACGAUGCACAUCCUCCCCAGGCGCUGGAAGAGACUGAAAUGAUUCAGGUCCUGCACGUUCCCAUGCAUUCCCUUCUCGAAACACUCGAGGAGCGCCACCGUGUACAUGGCGACGCCAUCGACGCGCGCCUUUACAGCUACGCAUUGGGCCGCCAGCUCGGAUUGCCGCCGUUGACUUAAUGGAGAUCCUAACUAAAUCGAACUUCCACAAAGCCUUGCGUGCAUGCCUCC